GUGUGAGGACGGAGCAGCGCCGGGCAGCGAUCAGCUGAAGUGAGAGCAGCUGCAGGAGUCUGGACAUGUGACCCGGCCACAGGAAGGAGAGGCGAGCCUGAGUCAGAGGCAGAUUCCUCCCCCGCAAGACGACAUGUCCUGCGUCCUGCCCGGCCUGUGCCAGUACGACACCAACAAGCUGGUCCGGAUCCAGAGCGUCCGGCUCGGAUCGCUCAAAUGGACCCUGAACGGCCUGAUCCUCCUGGUUAUCUGCAUCAUGAUGCUGUGGAACAAAAACUACCAGGUGUUCGACCUGGUGGUCAGCUCCGUCACCACCAAGGUGAAGGGUGUCGCCCAGACCCGCCUGCCCGGUCUGGGUGACGUGGUCUGGGACGCUGUGGACUACAGCGGGCCCUCACAGGACAAGAACUCCUUCUUUGUGGUGACCAACGUCAUUGUCACAAUGAACCAGAAGCAAGGAAAGUGCCCAGAGGUUCCUGCUAGCGGCCGACUGUGUCAUACUGAUAAAGACUGUGAGAAAGGAGCCUGGGACCAGAAGAGCCAUGGGGUCCAGACGGGCUCCUGUGUGAGGGCCGACGGGGCGAGGAAGACCUGCGAGGUGUCGGCUUGGUGCCCGAUAGAGACCAAGACUAAACCACCAAGGCCCGCUCUGCUGGCGGCGGCCGAGAACUUCACCGUCCUCAUCAAAAACAACAUCAGAUUCCCUGCGUUUAACUACAAUGGUGACUUCUGUCGACCUCUGCUGGUGGCCAGUAGGAAUUACAACACCAGUGACUUGAGUGGGUGGCACAGAGCUGCCCGACUCACUCGCCCCCUUGACCUACGGAGGCCUGUAGCUGCCAAAAACACCAGACUCUCAGUUCCUCAGUGGAGGCGAGGAAGAGACAGAACUAGAGCAGAAAUGCAAGAGGAUCAGAAACUCAUCCGGUGUAAAUCUGCUGAGUCCCUGCGCAGCCUGCAGGGGUUUGUGGGUAAAACCUUGUACCGCUGUCCGCCACAGGGGGGCGUCAUUGGCAUCCAGAUCAAGUGGGAGUGUAACCUGGACCGGCUGGCUCAGCGCUGCCUGCCCAGAUACUCCUUCAGACGGCUGGACGAGAAGGAGAGCAACAAGACCCUGUACCCCGGCCUCAACUUCAGGUUUGCAAAGUACAAAAUGGUGAACGGGGUUGAGGAGCGCACGCUGUACAAGGCCUUUGGCAUCCGCUUCGACGUCAUGGUGUUUGGAAAGGCAGGACGGUUCAGCUUGGUUCAGCUGAUCAUCUACAUCGGCUCCACGCUGUCGUACUACGCUCUGACCACGGUGUUCAUCGACUGGCUGAUCGGCACCAGCUGCUACUCGAUGGAGGCCAGACAGAACUACGCCGAGAGGAAAGUGGAGCCGGUCCAAGACAAACAGAAGUGUAUCGUCUCCGUGUCCUUCGUGGAUGAGAACCACAUCCGCCUGGUGAAGAGAUCCCAAAAGAAAAGUUUACAAGACAUCAAGCCGAUUUGUACACAGCCGUGCAAGGAGGACGCAGGACACCUGCGAGCCAUGGUGUGUGUGCUCCAGCCGGCCCCGGCUCCAGCCUCCUCCUGGGGCCGCCCGGGCUCCGCUGGUCCGGCCUGGUGUCGGUGCGGCUGCUGCGUCUCCUCCGCCCUGCCGCAGGAGCACCUGUGCUGCAGGCGCACCGACGGCCCCUGCAUCACCUCCGCCCCUCUGUUCGAGCGGCUGGUGUUGCGUCGGGACGUCCUGGAGGCCGUCCUGAUGUACCGGGACCCUCUGUGUGCGCCGGCCGGGGAAGGCCUGACCGCCGUGCUGCGUCACUGCGCCUACGGGCAGUACAUCAGCUGGAGGUUUGGCGUCCCGCCCGCUGACAGCCACCCGGCCGUCCCCAGCUGCUGCGUGUGGAGGAUCAGGGAGGAGUACCCCAACCCGGACGGGCGGUACAGCGGGUUCAGGCCGGCGAAGGUGGCGUCCACGCGGUCCUUCUCUAACAAAGAGCCCUGAGGAGAACAUUUGAACGUUUGUGCGCCAACAGAGAGCAGGGACUCCCCCGCCGACUGACCUACUAACAGCACGUAUGUCUAACCUGUCUCACAAAGGAGAAACGGCAGUAACUUCUUGGCUCUAGUUGGCGGAGGACGGGGUUUAGUCAGUGUUUUCAGCCAGCGUCAGGUCAGAGGAGGAUAAGAGGGUGAAGAAUAACCCCUUUCUGAGUCAACAAAUCACCACGUUUUCAAAGAUCGUCUUUCAAGUGAUUUGGCUGAGCAGUAAAAAUAUCUCCGAGGCCAUUUUUCUCAAUUUUACACUCACAAGCAGUUACUGCCUUUUGCCUUUAUAGGGCAGGAACAGCAUUUAACAUUACUAACAUGCUCAGACAAAGGAUUUAUCUUGCCUGGAAUGUGUGCCCAUCCAUUAUAUCAUAUGGAAAAAUGAAGAGAUUUGUUCCAACGUGGGAUAUGCACCGUUUGAGAAAACACACUUCAAAACUCAGACAGAUUACGGCUCUAUUAUUUAAAGAAGAGUAGAUUUCUUAAGCCCACGGUUGACAAAAUUACAGACAUAAUCUUCUAAAUUACAGAGACUGAUGCACUUCAGGCGAUGCUUUUUCUGUUCUCUUAAUUGACAUAUUGCAUUUUGGGGAUGAACUCUUCACUCCAAUAUUUGUAAUCAGUCUCUUGGAUUAUUCAUGGAAGAACAGAGAACAGGCAGACGGUGAACUGGAGUGUAGAGCGCUCGUCUGUCUUCAUUUGCAUCCACUUGAAAUCUUUUUGUACGAUUCUUUCCAAGAAAAAAAAAAAAAAAAAAAAAAAAGAGGCGUCUAAUUGAAAAUAGACCGAUACUGUGCAGUUGUUGUGAUCCUUAA